AUGAAGUCCUCCCUUCAUAGGUUAUUUGCUCGGCGCGCUGAGUUUGGAGCCCUAUCAACCAAGUCUUUUCGUGCCUACUCCCACCGUCAGACGUUGCAAACACCAUUGUCGGGAGCUCAAUCAAUCUCGUUUGUUAAGCCUUUGUUCUCGGCUGUGUUCAUCGCUGGCUUCGUGUCUGCUGUUUGGACACACAGCCAUUCAACCGUCCACGCGGAAGCCCCUCCGGCAAAGACCAUUCGCCUGGCAGAGGUACGAAAGCACGGCGCCAAUGCAACUCGCCGCUGGGUCGUCAAGUCAACCAAGGUCUACGAUAUCACUGAUUGGAUCCCAAAUCAUCCUGGUGGUGAGGUGAUUCUUCGUGCUGUUGGCGGCGUCAUUGAUCCUUAUUGGGAAAUUUUCACCAUCCACAAUAAGAAAGAUGUCUAUGAUAUCCUCGAGCAAUACUAUGUUGGCGACCUCGAUCCCCGUGAUCUUGUCGACGGAAGGGUUCCUUCUGAUGACAUUGAGGAUCCUUUCAAGAACGAUCCCGCCCGGCAUCCAGACCUCAUUGUUCACAGCGACCGACCGUUCAACGCCGAAACUGCGCCGGAGGACCUAAAAUCCUACAUCACCCCGAACUCCAAUUUCUAUAUCCGACACCACCUUUGGGUCCCAUCCCUGAGUCAGGAUGACUAUAAAGUUCAGAUUGAACUACCCGAUGGUGAGGAAGUAGAGUACUCGAUCAAGGACCUCAAGUCCAAGUUUCGGUCAACAAAGGUCACUUGCACACUCCAAUGCUCUGGAAACCGACGUCAACAUAUGAACGACGAGGCGCGAUCCACCAGUGGUCUGCCCUGGGAAAUUGGAGCGAUCUCCAAUGCUGUCUGGACCGGAGUCCGCCUUAGAGAUGUCCUUGCCGAUGCAGGAUUCGACAUUGAUACCUUCGAUGAAAACGAAACCAAGCACGUUCAGUUCCAAGGAGCCGAGGCGUACGGCGCGUCGAUCCCUAUUGAUAAGGCCCUUGGAAAACGAGAAGAUGUUCUGCUCGUGUACGAAAUGAACGGCGAACCUCUACCACGCGAUCAUGGGUUUCCUCUCCGAGCUUUGGUACCAGGUCAUGUAGCGGCACGGAGCGUCAAAUGGCUGAAGCGGAUCACGUUGUCGGAUGAAGAGUCUCAAUCACAAUGGCAGCAACGCGAUUACAAAUGUUUUGGACCCAAUCAGGGUGGGCAAGAUGUCGACUGGUCUUCGGCACCCGCCAUCCAGGAGAUGCCGGUGCAGAGCGCAAUUACGUCGCUUCGUAACGCGUCGCCACGGUCCGCCGAAGACCAGAAACUCCUUCGUGUCUAUGGCAUGGAGGAAGAUGCGGUAGAAGUGGAAGGCUAUGCUUUUGCUGGAGGUGGGCGACGCAUCGUGCGGGUCGACAUCAGCCCCGAUGAUGGUCGAACCUGGCAUCAAGCUGAAUUGCUACCGGAUGAAGCCCAUGGGUCCAAAUCCUGGGCAUGGACACGUUGGCGAUGGUUGGUCCCAAAACGCUUGGCUGGCAGGCAGUUUGUCGUCAAGGCCGUUGACGAAGGGUACAAUGUCCAACCUGAGUCGUACGAACCGCACUACAACUUUCGCGGCAAUCUUACCAGUGGAUGGCACCGAGUACCCUAUACCAAAGGGAGGCGGGACUCUAAGGAGUGA